GGUCGCUUCGCUUCCCGUGAUCGUGACUUCCGGUGCCCUCCAGCUGGCCAGUUUGACAGUGGAAGAAGGACAUCGAAAUCAUGGUUUUUGAAAAGAAAAUGAUCGCUUACGGCGAACCCGAGGAGGACGAGGAAGAAGAGGAGGAAGAAGAGGAGGAUAUGGUGGAUCCUCUGGAAACACUACGACAGAAGUGCGAAGAGUCCGAACACUGCAUGCACACUCAAGCGCGUCUGGAGAAGUGUGAGACCAGAGUUGGUUCUCGGUCUGCAACAGAGGAGGAUUGUACUGAGGAACUGUUUGACUUCCUUCAUGCCAGAGAUCACUGUGUGGCGCACAAACUCUUCAACUCCGUGAAAUGAAGCUGUUGCUGCUCCCAACAUUCUUCUGAUGCCGUAAGAAAAAAGAGGCUUUAUAAAAAUCCUCUGGUGGAUCUUCUCUGUUUUGCUGAUUUAUCUGAUCCUGAUCAUGUGAUGAGACUGGUGUGUUUGUCUGGGUCGAGUCCACAUUUCAUUAAAAUGUUUGACUUGCUCACCUCACUGUGUUGAAGGUAACCUUUGUCUCAGAACAGAACUGAAUAAAAAAAGAACCUUU